AUAAGGAUUUUAUUGCCUGCCAAACAAGUCACAAACUGAAAGAAAAAGUCACACUUCUAAAUCUGCAAAGUUUUUGGCACUUUAUUUAAAUCACCUACUAUCAAGUGGAAAUUUGGAAACCAAUAUCCUGUAUAAAAUCCACUCUUACAAGACAUAUUAUUGACUAUCUUCCUAUAGAGAGAAAAAAAAAAAAAAAUAUGGCUGUCUCUUCAUCUCUCAAAACCCUCAACUCCCUUCAUAUUGUCUCCAUGAAAACUACUUCUUCUUCUUCCUCCUUUAGCUCCAUGAAAAUGAAAACCCUACUGCAAAUUCAAGCUUUCGUUCUCUCACACUUGUACCGCAUGGCUCGUGCUCUGACGAAAGCAAAAGCAAUUCUAGCUGAAGUUGUUAAAGAUAUUCAACUGGUUCACUUUAUAGAAUUCCCAGCCUUGAAACGAAACAAGAAUAAGCGUAAACUCUUUUUCGGUUCAUUUCGAUUGCACUACAAUUGGUGUUCUUCUCAUGUGAUGCCAGUAACAAUGCCAGUGCUCGAAAGUUGCUCCACUUGGAAUUCGAUUAUUCCGACAUCGGAGUACGACGGCUCCGAGCUCUCAUCGUAUCUCCGGUGGCUUGAGGAGAAGGGUCAUGAGAAUCCAAGAAAUGAAAUUGAUCGACUUGCUGAUUUGUUCAUUGAGAACUGCCAUGAGAAGUUCAGGUUGGAGAAACAAGAGUCUUAUAGGAGAUUCCAAGAAAUGAUGGCUAGAAGUAUAUGAGAAGCUAGGGUCGGUCCAACCUUUUUUAACUUCUACUUGUUUCAUUGCUGGUUUCCUGUCAUAUUGACCGGAGUAGAGUUUUGG